UUUUCGUUUCGGAUCGCAUUGAUCAUCCUCAGAUCCGAUCAAUCUGAUCGAAAAAUAUGCUCGCAACCAUUUCAAUGCUCUACCAGUGAACCUGAACUUCAAACGAGGAACAACGGUUGCUGCAAUUUAAGUCAUUACUUGUAGCAAAAAAAUAAUGGAUGGUUAUGCCGAAGAGCUUCAAACUCCACCAGUCACUCUGAUUUCUUUGGUAGGAUGUCCGGAGCUUCAUCCAACGAUCUCAAGUUACCUUCACUCAAAGCAAACUCCAAUCAAUACUUUAGCAUUGCCGGAUUUCUCGAAGAUACCGGUAUUGGGUAGGACGCAGAAGGAAACUGUAGAUUGUCGUCAGCCCGAUGGGAUUUUGAAGAGAGAUUGGUUAUUGAAGCAUCGAACCAGGGUUCCAGCUGUUGUUGCUGCUUUGUUUAGUUCCGAUCAGGUCUCCGGUGAUCCUGAAGCGUGGCUACAGGUCUGCACCGAUCUUGAAAAUCUAAAAACUGGGGUUCGUGGAAGGAACAUCAAAUUGGUUGUGGUUGUUGUUCAGUCAACUUAUAAGGAUGAAGUCAGUGAAGAUCGGAUAAUUGCCCUGCGGAAGCAUGCUGAAGUUGAUUCCAAGUAUCUUCUUAUCUUCAUCCAGAAUGAUGCAUCCGAGUUAACACGAUCACUUAAAAGGUUGGGGGGUGCAUUUGCUGAACUAGCAAAGAUAUAUUACAGGGACGAAGGUCAAAGGAUCAAAACCCGUAUUGAGAAGAAGAGCUUCAAGUUUAAUGUGUUGAAUAUCCGCUAUUGCUUUAAGGUUGCUGUAUACGCAGAAUUCCGAAGAGAUUGGGUUGAAGCUUUGAAGUUUUAUGAGGAUGCAUACCGUGCUUUACACGAGAUGGUUGGGACUUCAACAAGGUUGCCAGCAAUUCAACGCCUUGUCGAGAUAAAAACAGUUGCAGAUCUAUUGCACUUUAAGAUAUCAGCCUUGCUGCUGCAUGGUCGAAAGGUCAUAGAAGCAGUUAUGUGGUUCCGACAACACAUUUUGUCUUAUAAAAUGCUUGUGGGAGCACCAGAAGUUGUUUUCCUUCACUGGGACUGGAUGAGCCGGCAGUUUUUGAUUUUUGCUGAGUUACUGGAGACAAGUGCUGCAACCAUUCCAAGCAAUGCUUCUCUUGUUUUAGGCACAUCAGAGAAGCCUUUGACUGAGUGGGAAUUCCACCCGGCUUACUAUUAUGAGUUAGCGGCUCACUACAUGAGGGAGAAGAAAUAUUGCCAGGAAGUUGCUUUGUCUGCAUCAGAAACCUCAAAAAGGAUUGGAAGUAGCUCUGAAUCUGUGAUACAAUCCGUUUUCAUUGGCCAAUUUGCUAGGUUACUGGAGCAAGGGGAAGCAUUUGCCAUGCAAACUCUGACCGAUGCAGAAUACGUUCACUAUGCCGUUGCAGAAGGGAAGAGGUUUCAGGAUUCUUAUGAAAUUAUUGCUCUACUCAAGAAGUCUUUCGAGUCAUAUAGUAGCCUUAAAGCCCAGAGGAUGGCCUCUUACUGUCGGAAUCAGAUGGCCAGAGAAUACUUUGCUCUUGGUGAAUUUGGUAAUGCAAAGAGCCUUUUUGAUGGUGUUGCUAGUUUGUACAUGCAAGAGGGUUGGAUUACAUUGCUUUGGGAAAUCUUGGGUUACUUGCGUGAGUGCUCCAGGAAACUUGGUUCAGUAAAAGAUUUCAUCGAGUACUCUCUUGAAAUGGCUGCGCUGCCUAUAUCAUCUGUUGCUGAGUCCUCCAGUUGUAAGGGAGAAUAUGGGCCAGCUGGGCCCCCUACUUUUCCCCAAAGAGAGAUGAUACACAAGGAAGCUUUUGGGCUCGUGAAAGGGGAACCCAUUUUGGCAUCAGAUGAAGGCAAUUGUGCCCUUGCGAUAACAGAGGACCAACCCCUCCAUCUUGAGAUUGAUCUCAUCAGCCCAUUAAGGAUGGUACUUCUCUCUUCAGUUGCUUUCCAUGAUAAGGUGGUUAAACCUGGUGCACCUAUCUCACUUACACUAUCACUUUUAUCACAAUUGCCCCAUCCUGUUGAGAUUAAUCAGCUAGAAAUCCAAUUCAAUCAGUCAGCAUGUAAUGUCACCAUUGCCAGUGUUAUCAAGGAAGCAGCAAUGGCAAGUUACAUUGGAGAGACAAGCACCCAUGUAGAGACUGCACCAAAUCUAAUCCUGCUUACAAACAAGUGGCUACGGUUGACAUAUGACAUCAAAUCUGAACAAGGCGGGAAGCUUGAAUGCGUAUCUGUGAUUGCAAGGUUGGGACCCUACUUCACUAUCUGUUGUCGAGCUGAGAGCCCUGCUUCGAUGGAUGAUUUGCCACUUUGGAAGUUUGAGGAUCUUGUCCAGACCUUUCCAACAAGAGAUCCUGCCCUUGCAUUCUCUGGGCAGAAGGUUGUCCAAGUUGAAGAGCCAGACCCACAAGUUGAUCUUGUUUUAGGUGCUACUGGCCCUGCAUUAGUUGGGGAGCGCUUUUUUAUUCCUGUGACAGUGACCUCCAAGGGCCAUGCUAUCUAUUCUGGUGAGUUAAAGAUUAAUCUAGUGGAUGCAAAAGGAGGUGGUUUGGUAAGUCCAAGGAAAACAGAACCAUUCUCUAUGGAUAGUCACCAUGUUGAGCUCCUUGGCAUCUCUGAACCAGAUGGCGAAGGUGAAUCUCAAGCAGGUGUGGAUAAUAUCAAGAAAAUCCAGCAGUCUUUUGGAUUGUUGCCCAUUCCUUUUAUAAAACUGGGAGACUCCUGGUGUUGCAAAUUGGAAAUAAAAUGGAAUAGACCCAAGCCGAUCAUGCUUUAUGUGUCACUGGGUUACUUGCCAAAUAGCGAAGCUGGUGUACAGAAAGUUCAUGUCCACAAAAGCUUGCAGAUUGACGGGGAAACUGCUAUAGUGAUGGGCCACCAUUUUAUGCUGCCAUACCGGCAGCAUUCAUUGUUGCUUUCAAGGAUCAAAUCACAUGAUUCUGAUGACUCACCAUCGCUGGCUCUGAAUCAAACCAGUAUUCUCAUUAUCAGUGCAAAGAAUUGCAGCGAGGUUCCUUUGCGGUUGAAGUCCAUGUCCAUUGAAAUGGAUGAUGAUGAUGAUGAGAUUGGAUACUCGUGCACAGUGCGGCAGGGAGGUGACGGUCCACUGGAUGAUGCACUUCUUGUGCCGGGUGAAUAUUUCAAAAAAGUUUUCUCCAUCGUACCUGAGUUGAAUUUUCCCAGACUUGCCACGGGAACUGUGUCUCUGAGAUGGAAUAGGGAGUUUGGGUUUGAAGAGCAAUCGCGUUCUGAACUUACGGCAACUGAGGUUUUGACCAGACACAAGCUCCCUCAUGUAAAUGUGGAGAUGGCACCUUUGAUUGUGAGCCUGGAGUGCCCUCCCCAUGCCAUCCUUGGAUCUCCCUUCACAUGUUAUGUGAGAAUUCAGAACCAGACAGAGUUACUUCAAGAGGUCAAAUACUCAUUGGCAGACUCUCAGACUUUUCUGUGUUCUGGAUUUCACAAUGACACAAUUUUUGUUUUGCCAAAGUCUGAGCAUAUUCUUGGUUACAAGCUUGUGUCAUUGGCUUCUGGUGUGCAACAGCUACCCCAGGUUACACUGACCUCACUGAGAUAUUCCGCUGAACUUCGACCAUCCCUCUCUGCGUCCACUGUUUUUGUUUUUCCUUUUGAGCCUCAAAUUAUGAUGGAUGAUUUGGGAUCAAAGUUGCCGGAGCCCAUUUUCACUUGAGUAAAAUCCACAUCCCAGUCCUGUUUGAAAACCCUUUUUUGAAAACUAGUUUGCUAAUGUAGCACAAUUCUGAAAUUGGUUGCUGCACCCGAGGAUCUCAUCUCCAACUGGAAAUCUGCUGGUUGCUUAUUCUUUGGGUCCCAACAGGCUGAGUCUUGAAUAGCAAACAUGGAACAUCUCUCAUCUUGCUAGUUUGGUGAUAUUUGGAGUUUUUCUCUCAAGCUGUAUUUCGUUCUGAUUGGCUAUUGUUUUCCUUAAAACUUGUUGCUUUGUAUCAAGGUGAGUUUGACCUCUAUAUAGAUUGGCGAAAUUUGCACUAAUGAUGAAGAAAUAU